AUGUUCAAGUUAUUAAAGCUAAAUCCUACUAUUGUUAAAAAUGCCGGCACAAAUUUGUCCAUUACAAAAACAAUACCAUCUCCAUUAUUAAAUAAAAGUAUCAGGUUCAUUCAUAUCAAAACACUUUCUACUCCCAACGAGAAUGCAAUCAAGUUUAUUUCUACAGAUGGUGAACUAUUUUUGGAUAAAAGGGGUGCACCAAGUUUGGAAAUUAAAAACACAGAUCAGGAAUUGUUAAAGCACUCUCCAUUGGCAAGAAAAAUUAUUGCCUUGUGUCCUGGUGUUGAAUCUGUAAUGAUCGGUGAUGACUUUGUUACUGUUAAUAAAGAUGAACUGCUACAUUGGAACCAGAUUACACCAGAAGUUAUAGACAUUUUAACUCAACAUUUAGCUAAAGGAGAAGAAAGUGUGACUGAUAAGUUCCAUACCGUCAAGAGUUCUGGGGAAAGUGGCUAUGAGAUAACAUUUCCUAAAUUUGAAUUAAAUGAGGAAGAGCAAGAAAUUAGUGAUAUGAUUGAUGAAUUAAUUCAAACAAGAAUUAGACCAGCUAUCCAAGAUGAUGGAGGCGAUAUUUUAUACAGAGGCUUUGACCCCAAAACUGGAACUGUCUAUUUGAAACUUCAAGGUGCUUGCAAGAGUUGUUCUAGCAGUGAAGAUACUUUGAAAGGUGGAAUUGAGUCUAUGUUAAAACAUUACAUCGAAGAGGUAGAAAAUGUUGUGCAAGUUCUAGAUCCAGAGGAGGAGAUUGCUCUAAAGGAAUUUGAAAAAUUGGAAGCCAAACUGGAAAAGGAAAAGCAACAACCCAAAUGA